GGCCAUAACCAGAAAGACCUUGCUGCACAGAGCCAGCACCAGAGGGAACCAGCAAUGAAAAGCCUGCACAGCUCAACCAUGGUCAAGUUCCUGCUGCUGUUGAUGCUGGGGAUCACCCUCCUGAGGGAGGUGGCAGCUUGGAAAACCCUUAGAGUGGGUAAUACUGACCUUCAAAAACCUGGCAAUUGCCCUCCUAUGGUGGACAACACUGUCAGAGUUGACAUUCGAAUCCUCAAUCAGAGGCAGGGCACUCCCAUCACACACGACUUCCGGAACCGCUCCAGCUCCCCAUGGGAUUACAACGUCACCCGGGACCCCCACCGCUUCCCCCCUGAGAUUGUAGAGGCCCGGUGCAGACACUCAGGCUGCAUCAAUGCCCAGGGGCAGGAAGACAACUCCAUGAACUCCGUCGCCAUCCAGCAAGAGAUCCUGGUUCUGCGGAGGAAGCCACAAGGUUGCUCUCACUCUUUCCAAUUGGAGAAAGUUCUAGUGACUGUUGGCUGCACUUGUGUCACCCCCAUCGUUCACCACGUGGCCUGACAGCUGAACUGAAGAAGCUGGAGCAAAGCCAUUCCUUAUCCAGUGCCCUGAAGCAAAUUCUGUCAGACUCCUCAUUCUCUGUACUUCAUAGAACUCUUACUAAGCCCUGCAUGAAAUUCUCAAAGCUUUGUAUUAGCUAUAGUAUUACUUUCCUAGGACGCUUCAGAUGUGUUCCAGUUUUCCAUCCUCAUGAAAGUGGAUGAGGAGGAGCAUUAUGGAGCCCACUGCCCAUUAUGUUACAUGACCACCUCAUCAUGAUGACCACUGCAUUCUAGAGCUUUUCCCUGGGAUUUCUGUUGCUAAAAUGGAAACAGAAAAUGCAGUCAUAAUGUAUGAGGGUAUAGAAGGGGCCAUGUGGGUUGGGGUGGGAUGGUAAGUGUGUGAACAAGGAUCUGGUGAAUAUGUCUACAGGAAGCAUUUGCUAAACAUAAAUGAUACUGGCCUGAACUAGUAGAUAUUUAUAUUUGUGAAGGAAUGGUCCAUGUAUUUAUGAUCUGUUAAAUAUAUAAUCAGUUAGCAGAAAAAUUAAUAUAUCCAGUAAUAAUAUAAUAAAAUAUUAACUGAAAAUGUUUGAGGUGCUUGUUUCUAGUCUCAGAUUGU